UUUUUUCUCGUCCUCCAGUUUUCUGUUUUCAUACUCUCUUCUCUAUUUUCUCUCUCUAAAAACAAAUUAAAACUUCUCUCUCUACUGUUCUCUCUCUCUCUCUCCUCAGCGAAAGGUUGAAGAAAGAGAGAGGUUUUUGCUCGAUCCGAGUUAGAAUAUUAACUCAGGUGUUUUGGUUUGGAUAUUUGAAAGGGCUUACUGAAACAUACCGAUUAAGUUCUGGUCAUUUAAGAUAAAUCGCACUACCUAGUGCACCAGUCAUAGCUCUGCUACUAAACGGAUUUUGGCCAAAUCCAACCUGGUUACUGGUACUUGAAGGUUUAUGUUCACUUGAUGCUGCUAAGAUUGCUCAAUCUCAUAUCGAGAAGGGAGCUUUGGCUUUAUAAUAGGCCCAUUUUCUGUCUCCAUGCUGGCAGAGAGCAUGCGUGGAAUUUGUGCUUCGGGUAAUGCCCCUGACCAGUCAAGCCGUCGAUGCACUCGGUGUGGUGACAAUUUCUUUAGUGGCUCUUCUGGUACUGUUUGGCCUGUUCUGCAUAUUUUACACACUAUACUUCCGUGCUCGUGUUCGGAGAUCAGAGUUACACAAACUUGGUUACUUUAACGGACCUUGGAUUGUUCGAAUUAUUUUUAUAGUAUUUGGGAUAUGUUGGGGUUUUGGUGAAGUUGUUCGUUUAAGUUUUUUUAGGCGGGAGGGAAAAGUUUUUCAUUCUCUUAGUCAAAGAUGGCAGGAAGACAUAUGCAAGGUAUAUAUCCUAUCAAAUCUAGGGUUCACGGAACCAUGCCUCUUUCUCACUAUGAGUAUUCUUUUACGUGCAUCCCUGGAUUGGAGGGGGUCAGGUACACUGAACCAGAAAUGGAACUUCAAGACCAUUGGCUAUAUUUUGCUAUAUUGCCUACCAGUUUUCAUCUUGGAUCUCCUUGUUGUUAUGGUUGCCCCCGAAUUCCGGAGUGGAAAGAUUAAAGUGCUGAGAAGAUUGCCAAAUGAAUUCACCAGGGCAUAUUUGUCAUUGCGUGUAUCAGGCCAACCUGUCAUUGCUUGCACUUACCCCUUGUUGUGUACAAUACUCCAUGGACUGUUCGCCAUCAUUCUAACUACUUACCUGUCAUUUGUUGGGAGGCGGAUGGUUGUGUCGGUCAUCAACAAAGGGUUGCAGAAGAGAGUUUACAUACUUAUAGUCGUCGUUUCAAGUUUCUUACCUUUGAGGGUUCUUUUCCUUGGUUUUUCAGUUUUGGCCAGGCAUGAGCAUUUUCUCUUUGAAGCUCUUGCCUUUUCUGGUUUUCUUGUGCUUUUAAUUUGUGUUGUAGUGGGUAUUUUUAUGCUUGUUUUCUUACCUGUUGCGGAUUCUUUAGCCCUGAAUAGGGGUCUGGGGUCGCGGGGCUCAGAGGGAGGAAGGUUGCACACAUCAGAAGACGCUGAUUCCCUCUCCCUCAUUGCCGCCAACCAGAGUAAUGUUGAGACGAGCACUGCUACAAGCCUUGGGAGAAACUCCGAUGUCUCAACAAAACGGGGUUCCAUUUCAUUCCGGACUAUGAUCAAAGAUGAAGCUUCUUCUACAGGAGGUGGUGUGUAUGAGGAGGAAAUGGCCACAUUUUCCCCAGGCUUUAGGCUGUUGUCAACGUCGUCUCCUGGUUCCCCAGCGUCCCUCCAGAUGAAACUUCCGGCAUAGUUUGAGCCAAACUUACAUUGGGGGAAAGAAAGGCAGAAGAGAAGCUUUUUUUCUUAGUUCUCUUGUCUUGAUGAAUGUUAAAGAGGGUGCGCAUAUGUAAGAGGAGUGAAUUUCUGAUUAUUAAUAAGGCUGUAUCUGUUUAUAGAACCAAAGAAAUGCUACCCACUUCAGCAUGAUA